GCGCUGAGCUCUCUGCAUCCGGGCCAGGCUGGCUUAAUUAAAUGAAAUUCCUGCAGGGCAAAGACGGGAAUUUACCUGGAUCAUCUGUUGGCUCCUCUGCAGGGAGGGAGUACAGAAUGUGAAGCCGGGGGAGAGACCUAGAAUAUGAAGCCUGUCUACCGGUGCCUGGACUCUGUGUUGUAGUGACUGCAUCUUGCAACCUAAGGAGGAAGAAGGGACAAACUGUUCACUGCUGAUUAAAAAUGAGAGCCAGUGUCUCUCCAUUGGACUGUGAAAGGGGACUUCGGACCUUGGUGUCUGUUUGUUGGGUGCCCCAGGAAGGCUGCUGUCUGAUUGACACAGCCUUCUCAUAUUGAGUGGAGCAAGGGCAGCAUGGCUCAGAAAGUGUGGGUCAGCAUGGUCUUCCACAACCGCAAAGCCCAGCUCCUGCUGGUCAACUCACUGACGUUCGGCCUGGAGGUCUGCCUGGCUGCUGGGAUCACCUACGUGCCACCGCUCUUACUAGAAGUGGGUGUGGAGGAGAAGUUCAUGACCAUGGUUUUGGGGAUCGGGCCUGUCCUGGGCCUUGUCUUUGUACCACUGAUUGGCUCCGCCAGCGACCACUGGCACAGCAGCUACGGCCGGCGGCGGCCCUUCAUCUGGGUCUUGUGCCUGGGAGUCCUGCUGAGCCUCUUCAUCAUCCCCCAUGCCAGCCGCCUGGCAGGCCUCUUCACCCUCAAUGCUCACCCCCUGGAGAUUGCCUUCCUCAUCCUGGGCAUUGGCUUGCUGGACUUCUGCGGCCAGGUCUGCUUCACUCCCCUAGAGGCCUUGCUCUCGGACCUCUUCCAGGAGCCUGACAACUGCCGGCAGGCUUUUUCCAUGUACGCCUUCAUGAUCAGCCUGGGUGGCUGCGUCGGCUAUCUGCUUCCGGCCAUCAACUGGGCCGGUAGCUUCCUGGCCCCUUAUCUGGGGGGGCAGGAGAAGUGCCUCUUCAGCCUCCUCACCAUCAUCUUCCUGGGCUGCGUCCUGGCCACCCUCUUUGUGACGGAGGAAGCAGUGGGGCAGGUGGACGCUCUGGCAGGCCCCGCUCUGAAGGACUCUUCCCCCAAGCCCCUGUCCCCCAGCUGCUGCUUGUGCCAGGUUUCCAAGAGCCUCUUGCGAGCCAGGCAUGUGGUCCAGGCCUUGAGGAACCUCUGCGCGUUGGUCCCACGGCUGCAUGGCCUCUGCUGCCGCAUCCCCAAGGUGAUCCGGCGUCUCUUCGUGGCCGAGCUUUGCAGCUGGAUGGCCCUCAUGACUUUCAUGUUGUUCUACACGGACUUUGUUGGCGAAGGGCUGUACCAGGGUGUUCCCAGGGCCGAGCCAGGAACAGAAGCCAGACGUCACUAUGACGAAGGGGUCCGCAUGGGCAGCCUGGGCCUGUUCCUCCAAUGCGUCAUCUCCAUCUUCUUCUCGACAAUCAUGGACCGGCUGGUGAAGCAGUUUGGGACCCGGGCAGUCUACCUGGCCAGCGUGGCAUUCUUCCCCCUGGCUCCUUUCGUCAUAUGCUUCUCCCAGAGCGUCCUCAUCGUUACUGUCUCGGCCGCCCUGACGGGAUUCACCUUCUCUGCGCUCCAGAUCCUGCCGUACACGCUGGCAUCGCUGUAUCACCAUGACAAGCAGGUUUUUUUGCUUAAGUACAAAAGCAAAGAAAAGGAAGAUGCUGCUCAGCUGGACAAGAAAUCAGGCUUCCCCAAAGGCCCCCUCUCCAGCCAGAAGCUGACCUACCAGAACGGCCAUGGUGGGGGCCUCUUCUCCUCCUCUCCUCCAGCUGCCAGCUCGGCCAUGUGCGUCAGCUCCCCCUGCGAGGUCUCGCUCAUGAUGAGGGUGGGAGACUCAGACCCUGCAGCGCCCGGUCGAGGGAUCUGCCUGGACCUGGCUAUUUUAGACAGCGCUUUCCUCCUAUCUCAGGUGGUCCCGUCCCUCGUCAUGGGCUCGAUCGUCCAGUUUACAGAGUCGGUGACUGCCUACAUGGUGUUCGCCACUGGCCUCGGUUUGGUGGCUAUUUACUUUGCAACCAAAGUCGUCUUUGAUAAAAGCGAUAUGGCCAAGUAUUCGGUGUAAAACGGGGUACGUGUGCACGUGGCACACCGCCAACUUGUUUGUACACGUGCAUUGACACGAUUUACUAUGGCAGGCUGCACGUUGUGCACACCUCCUUUCUGUCUCUCAUGCUGUUUCCGUGGGGCGUGGGGCAUGUGGCUGGGCAGAGGCUGUUGGGCUAAGCACUGGUGUAUUAGGAAGGGCACCGUGCUGUUCUGUCUCCCACCAUCAGAGCUUGCCCCGUGGUGCUUUGGUCUAAGAGCAGUGUUGCACAGAGGGCAUCAGUGAGGUGACAGGAGAAGAGUUUCCCUUCAGUCACAGGGUUAAAUUUCUGUGCAAUUCCGCAGUUUCAUCCUGGAGGGAGAGUGCUCCUCCUCUCAUUCCUGGAGAGAGAAGCUUAUAUCCUGCCUUGUGCUGGCAGGCCUCACCUUGCUUCGAAAGUGUAAAUCCCCUCUGACUGGUGGUUGCUGUGGACUGGAAUAUUUGGGGGACAGUCGGGAGGGUGCUGCAUUGACAGAGCUGGGGGGGAAGGCAUCCAAGGUUGGAAUGGGAUAUUGCAGGUCAGGAUGCGGGUGCAUUGGCAGAGCUGUAUGGAUGCAGUCCUGCAUGGCACAGGGGUGCUGGAGGUGUAUGGGCAGUCUGGUUCUGUCCAGGGCUGGUAAUCCCAUUGCUCUGAGCACCACACUAAGUGACCACUCGGUGUUAAUGCACUCCAGACUGCCCUGCAGAACUGGCCGGCUGCUCUGUGCACCACAAGUGCCUGAAACCUAUUUGCAGUAGCCUUAUAAAAUGGCCUGGUUAGAGGCAGUAGGCAGAGUUGAUUUAACAAGUCUCCAGGGCCCUGUUUUUAUGGCACUGCUCAGACCUCAUUAGCCUGAACAUUACCCCGUAUUCAAGUGCAAUAUUCCCCAGCAGAAUGUACAGGAUCUGGCAUCCUCUGUAUCCUGCAGGGGCUGGAAGCACUUAUGUCCCCCUUUGUCCCCCUGCCCGAGGCAUGUUAACGGGACACGCUGUCCCAGGUUACUGCUCUGAAGUUCUUUCCAUGUAGGAGAUGCACUAAGCCCUUGGGCGAGAUCCUCUGCAGGCUGCCCUGUUGCAUGGCUUAAUAAGUGGAUGUGCUGCCCUUUCUUCGGGCCACGUUCACUGAUGGUGUGAGCAGGCACA